AUGGCUUCAAGCGACAUCAGCGAGCAUACACGCCGCAAAAUAAUUGACGAUCCUGGUUCUGGUCACAAACCAGUCAUUGCUAAGAAUGAACUUCACACAAGUCUCCUCAACUUCAACCAACAUCCUGACAAACUUUGCACUGCUAUCACGAAUUUUAUGAUCAGAUGUGCAAAGAAAACUAUUCCCCAAGGCAAGACUAAACACUAUCGAGUGUAUUGGUCUAGACACCUUGAGGAACUGAAAAGAAAGAGGGACGCCCUUCGCAACACUGCUGAUCAGACUGGAAGAACGGAAGACGUACAAGCCUGGAGACGACAACCAGCUGUCUUAAGGCAAGCCAUCUUACAAGCUAAACGGUCUCUCUUCGACAAGUUCAUCUCAAAUAUCAACUAUCAAAGUGAUAGCCAACGCACUUUCAAAUUCCUGGGUAACCUCCAAAACAACAUGGAAAGACCCAAGAAAGAACCAAUAGCAAAAGAAAACACUUUUGUCAGAAAAUCUUCAAGAGAUUUAAAGAUACAAGUAAGACAAUUUGGUGAAAUUAAGGAAGACAUAGCAACACCAAAUAAUGUAAUUACUGAACCAUUUAGACCUUGCAAACUUAAUGCUGCAAUUAAACAGCUAAAGUGCAAAAAGUCUCCUGGUGAAGACGGUAUUCAUCCGGAAUUUCUAAUUAGAAUGGGACCAAAGCCAACGAAACCAUGCUGA